UCUUGCUGGCACUCUCUCUCCUCUCUCUCUCUCUCUCUCUCUCUCCCACAUUUUGUUCCAUGUAAACAAAACUCAGAGUAAAAGCUCCAAAAACUAUGCUUGAAUUGAGCUUUAGAUCAUGAAGGAAUUCUGAAUCUGUGAAUCUCUCUCUUAUCUUUCUCUCAUAAGCUUUACACAGAGACAAUGGACCCAAGAACUCGCCUUGAUCACGCUUUGUUCCAACUCACUCCCACUAGAACAAGAUGUGACUUGGUGAUCUUCGCUGUUAAUGGUGGAAACGAGAAAUUGGCCUCGGGGCUUCUUGAGCCGUUUCUGGCUCACCUCAAAUCGGCAAAAGACCAGAUUUCCAAAGGAGGAUAUUCCAUUACUCUUCGUCCCUCCGCCUCAGAUUCCUCUCAUUGGUUCACCAAAUCCACUCUUCAAAGGUUUGUGAGAUUUGUUAGUACACCGGAAGUUCUCGAGAGAUUUGUUACUUUGGAGAAAGAGAUUGUGCAGAUUGAGAAUUCAAUUCAAAGUCAAACGAGUGAAUUGACCAACAGUAAUGGGGUGACACAGGCUGAAGCUGCUGAUGGGAAUUUCAACAAGGCAACAGCUGCGUCCAAGUCAAAAGGUGAAUUCAAUGGGACAGCGGAUGCUGCACCGGAGGAGAACUCUAAGAUCCGUCUUCAGCGCGUUCUGGAAACUCGGAAAGCUGUGCUCUGCAAAGAGCAAGCAAUGGCUUAUGCUCGUGCUUUGGUUGCUGGAUUUGAACCCGACUACUUAGAUGAUCUCAUAUAUUUCGCUGAUGCUUUUGGAGCUUCACGUUUAAGGGAAGCAUGCAUAGAUUUCAUAGAACUAUGCAAACAGAAGAACGAAGACAGGCUUUGGAUGGAUGAAUUAGCGGCAAUGCAGGCAUGCCCUCAGCCAGUCAUGCCUUAUCUGGAAUCGUCUGGUAUCAUACUUGCUGGAGAAGAUACUGACCCUACUCAUACUUUGAUGAUAAACAUAAACCAAAAUGGAAAACCAAAUGGUGCCUUGGAUGCAUCAAUUUCUGACUCAACUACAAGUCGCGGUAGUUUGGAUGCGAGCCAAGAUAAUGGCACCCCAACGCCACCUCAGGCAUCACCAAUGGAUGGGAAAGCUCAAGCUCCGCCCUCAUGGCCAAACCAUCUUCCUCAGUACAUGCACAACUUUCAAGGUCCUGUUUUCCAUCCGUAUCAGGGUUACAUGUUUCCCCCUGGUAUGCAGGUUCCUCCCUACUUUCCAGGGAAUAUGAAAUGGCCUCCUCAUAUGGAAGACUCCGGUCCUCAUGUUGAUAGAGAAAGUCGGAGAAAUAAGUCUCACAGGAGUAAAAAGAAACAUUCUUCAGAUCAAGAUGAAUCCAAUGAGGAAAGUGAGUCGAGUUAUGAGAGUGAAUCAGAUGAUCAGACACGGCAUGGAAAGAAGCACUCUUCUAAAGAGCAAUCGCGGAAGAAAAAGCACGGGAAAAAGUCCUCAAGAAAGGUUGUUAUUCGAAACAUCAACUACAUAAGCUCUAAGAAGGAUGGAGAAGUAGAAAGUGGCUCAGAGGAGACUUCAUCCGACGAGGAUGAACUCAUCGACGGGGAUUCGAUCAAACAGCAGAUUGAGGAAGCUGUUGAGUCUUUGGAGAAGAGACACAAGCCUUCCUCGCGUCGUCACAAGAAACAAGAGAAACAAGGUGGUGUUAAGUAUUCAAAUGGUGAUACUGAUCUGGAAACUAAUGAUGCCAGUGUUGAAAAUUCCAAAUUGGAAAAGAAAAAUGCUAACUGGGAUGCUUUCCAAAAUCUACUGCUGAGAGACAAAGAUUCGAGUACUUUUGAUGAAGAACCGUGCCCAGUGCAGGAUUACUUUUCUGAGGAAGGAAAACCAUCCGCAAUUAGUUUUGAGCAAGAGAAGAUCGCAAAGCAGCGUGCAAUUUCAAGUGAUGAUUUUGUUGUGACAGGAAGGGAGACUGGGAAUGAGAGCAAAACUCGGGUUUUCUUCGAGAGUAGCGACAAUGCUGGUCCGAUUAUCAAGAAGCAGCGGAGUCCAGAUGAGGAACUAUUAUUUUCUCAGAGAAUUGAAGAAUCAGGUAACAAUUCCCAUGCAACUCUACCCGAUUGUGUUGGUGAAUCCACCAAAACCAAAUGUCCAAAAGAUGGGGAAUGGUUCCUUGGCAACCAACCAGAUGUGUCGGCAGAUUUGGACCAGAGCAAAGAUCCCAACUUAUUCGACGGAGUUUAUUCGUCAUCAUCAUCCUUCCAAACUGACAAAAACAAGAGAGAUGUUGUGGUCGAUGAUUCCUUUAUGGUUCAAGAUCGAUUCAUUGCAGAUCAUUCUGAUUCCCUAUUGAGGACUGACAUAAGCGUCGUUCCUGAAAUUGUUGGAGAUGCUCAAUACAAAAAUGGCAGGCAAGAAAUCUCCCAAGACAAGCCUGAAGCUUUUAGUACCCAUGAGCCAGAUGACCUCUACAUGGUGCUUGAUAGAGUUUCGGGUGUGGAACAAGCCAUGGAAGCAUGGACUCCAGAAAUGGAUUAUCAAACCAUUUCAACAACUGAAGCUAAUAAGAAGGCCAUUGACACAGAAACAACAGAGUCUGUUGAUGCUAAUCAGCCUCCUAAUCCCAAGGCAAAAACUGCUAAAACUAAUGGAGUUCCAGGGAAGGGCAAACCUGAUAUCAUGUCAAGGACUAAGAGAACAGCUCCAGGAAGCAGAACCACUGGUCCGAAGAGCAAAUUGGAAAAGGAAGAAGAAAACAGGAGGAAGUUGGAGGAAUUACAACUUCAGCGCCAGAAGAGAAUUGCCGAAAGGAGUGCUUCCAAAGGAGUCACCACAGCAACAUCAAGAAGGCUCUCAGCAGAAAGCAAAACUGGCAAGACUUCCCUCAAGAGCGAAAAUGCUCAACCAACCACAAAACCAAAGCCAGUUCUUCGCAGUUCCACCAUUGAACGCCUUGCAGCCGCACGGACCACCACUCCAAAGGCAUCAACGAGUCAAUCCAAUAGCUUGCCAAAGAAGCAACCACCUGCGAAGGCGAACGGUGUAGCUUCAACAACCACAUCACUGAAGACUAAUGGUGUCGUGAAUAAGAAACUGAGCCCGAACAAAGCCAAGCCUUCAGAAAUUAGCCCCAAAAAGCUAAACCAGGUACUUUCUUCUCAAUCUAGUGUCAAUGAAAAAGAUUUGAUAGAAGUCAAAGAGACACAGCCUGUGAGUUCUGCAGUGACUCAACCUAGCAAUACCGAUGAUCGCGAUGCGGAAGAUGUCAAGGAAUUGCAGGCUUUUUCUUCUGUAAUUGAGAAAAAACAAGAGAAUGCUACAUUGGAUAUAAGUUCGGCUGAGCCUAUUCAAGAUCAGAUAAUAUCAAAUUCGAAGACCGGAUUGCAAAAUGAAUCUCCAAUUCUAAAAGAAGAGAAAACAGAACAGAUUGUUGAGAGUUCCUCCGUUAUUUCUGGUGUGAACAUCGUGGAGGAGAAUGAUUCAACGAUUGAAGACUCACCGGCAUCACCUGAGAUCUCGGAGAUUGAAGUAACAACACCGCCACCAAGCACCGAGACAAUGGCGGAAUCGCCCCACUUGAGGAAGAAAUGGAACGCCGAUGACCAGAACUCUCCGAAAGCGACGAAAGGAUUUCGAAAGCUGCUUUUGUUUGGAAGGAAGAGCAAGACCUCUGUUGUGAACUGAGACUCCUCUUCCAUGAAAUUUAGCUUUUUUGCUCCCUGCAGAAUAAGGCCUUUGGGUGUUGGCGCCAAACAGAGGGAGCGUGUGUAAUUUUGUCCAUUUUGACAAUAUUGUAUCAUAGGGUAAUGGAUAAACAGGUAAAAUCCCUUUUGCAUGGUAUAGUUGUCUUGUGAAUUGUAUUCAAUGUGUUCAUGUAUUCUGAGAAUUGUUUUUUCUUGU